AUGGCAAACAAGUACCAUGUUCGUUCCAAUAGUUUUCCUUCCCAAUCUCAUCCAAGCACCAUUAGAUUAGAACAAGAGAUAAACAAAAUAAAGACUUGGGGAGCCACAUCAACGUCUACAUCCGAUUCAGUUACCACUGGCCUUUCUUUGCUUGAAGAUUUAUAUAUUUCAUUGGAAGAUCUUCUCAAUAUAACAUCAACACAAAAGGCUAUUUCUCUCCGUCAAGGUGAGAAAUACGUGGAAGAGUUGUUGGAUGGUUCAGUGAAAAUUUUGGAUGUAUGUGGCAUCGCAAGGGACACCGUGUUACAAAUUAAGGAAAAUGUUCAAUCACUUCAGUCUUCUCUUAGAAGAAGAAGAAAAGGAGAUUCAAUCAUUGAAACAAGUGUAGCCGAAUAUAAAUUCUUCACAAAAAAGAUGAAGAAGAAUGUCACAAAGUUGAUCACAUCUUUAAAACAUAUGGAGAGUAAAUUUGGAGUUUCCUCGCUUUUGAAUCAAGAUCAAGACUUCGCUGUUGUUGUAAGAGUUCUUAGAGAGGUCAUAGUAAUGAACAUGUCCAUCUUUCAAUCACUUUUAUCUUUCUUGGCUGUCUCUGCAUCAAAGUCAAAGGCAAACAAAUGGUUUAAAGUGGCUAAAUUGAUGCACCAGAGGGUAGUAUCAUGUGAAGAGAAUAUGGAGAAUUUCAAUGAAUUGGAGUGUGUAGAAGCAUCGUUGAGAACCCUUUCAAGUGAAGGUUCUAAUGUUUCAAAGAUGCAGGAUGCACAUGAAAGAUUGGAAGCUUUGGAGAACGCAAUUGAAAGGGUAGAAAAUGGUUUGGAGAGUAUAUUUAGGCGUUUGAUUAAAACCAGAGUUAGUCUUUUGAACAUCAUGACUUUAUCUUAG